ACAUUUCAGUGGUUUUUGCCGCACCGGAGAAAUGUUACAUGCACAUAGAUGGACUGUUUGUUCCUGUUAAAACACACCGACAACUUAUGAAAGGCAAAACGCCGUCAUUCCCAGCUCUCAUCAUCCCGUUUCCCUCUUGGCAGCACUGCAUUACGAGCCAACACUCUCCUACCAAGGCUUUCUAAUGGUGUUUUCUACAUUAUCCCAGUUUGUGUCAUUUUCCAGGCGGAUGAGGAGAGAGCGAGGAGAUGCUCCUCGGGUCUUCAUUGUGAGCUUUUGGACCCGAAUGCAGGAGGGAACAUUACAAAGCUCUGCCAAAGGAACGGGAUCAAGAAAACAACCCCACCCAGGAUGUCUGUGGAAAUCCCAGCGGUUAGAUGCCAUUUUCAGAUACCGUAUCUUCACGAGCACAAAGGAGAUUUGAAAAUGCAAACUUUUGUCUCGCUGCGUCUCCAUAUGUGUUUCUGUCCAGACAGACAGGACACGUGGAUGCCGCUUUAUUCGUGAAUGCAGCCAGUGAAGGAGAAAUAAACGUGGUAGUCAAGUAUCUGGCAGAUGGAGGGAACCCGAACGUUCACGAUGAGCUGAAGAGGACGGCGCUGCACCGGGCCUGUCUGGAAGGACACGCCGCCGUGGUGCAAACGCUCUUGGAAAGAGGAGCCGAUAUCGACUUGAAAGAUCAACUGGGCUCCAGGGCCAUACACUGCGCCUGCAGAGGGGGAAGUCUGAGAAUUGUCAAAGCCCUGAAAAGUCACGGGGCUGACCUUAAUGUUAAAGAUAAGCUGAGCAGCUCUCCUCUCCAUGUGGCCACAAGAACAGGCCACACCGCCAUUGUGGGUUACCUGCUGUCCUGCGGUGCUAAAAUCAACUCCAGGGACAGGGAAGGUGACACAGCCCUGCAUGACGCGGUACGUCUCAACAGGUUCAGGGUAGUGAAGCUGCUCGCGGUUGCAGGAGCUGACACAAAAAUAAAAAACCAUGAGGGAGUGACGGCGCUGCAGCAGGUAAAGCGAUGGCAGUUCGAUGUCAUGGAGACCCUGCAGAGACUGGAGAAGAUGAGGCAGCUGGGAAAAGUGCCACCAGAAAACACCUCAACAGAGCAGUGAGCAGUGUGUCGAGAAGCCUUCUGUCACGGCCGCAGCAGCCUCUUUAAGAAGAUGUACCACAUUGGCGCAGGGCCCCGCUACCAGCCACAAAACGUACCAAUUUUAAUAAAUGAUCAAAUACAGAAAGAC